CUGUUUUAAUCAAUAUUUACUCAUAUGUGUAUUAAUACAGGAAAACCUGUAGUGGAGGUGAAGCCAGAUCAGCGUGUGUUCAGAGGAGAGAGAGUCACUCUCACCUGUGUCAUACAGGGAAGAGGAGACAUUCAGUGGACAUACAGCUGGAUUAGAGAUGGAGAGACUGUCUAUCCAUAUACAACAACAGCAGAGUUCAGUUUCACAGCUGAUGUGUAUUACAGUGGUAAAUACAGUUGUAGAGGAGAGAGAUCAGGCUCACACACAGAGUUCAGUAAUGCUGUUACACUGACUGUAUCAGAUCUACAGCCGAAGCCUGAACUCACAUCAGAUCCUGCAGGAGCUGCACUGACUGGAAACACAGUGACUUUGACCUGUCGCAUGGAUCCGUCCACUGAAGACUGGGACUUUUACUGGUACAAACACACACUGAACCCUGAGACAGAGAAGAAGAAAACACACUCCUACAGCCUGAAGAUUGAUUCAGUGUCUGAUGGAGGCCAGUACUGGUGUAGAGCUGGAAGAGGGAAACCAGUUUAUCACACACAAUACAGUGAUGCACUGUGGGUAAAUGUUACAGUGAGUCCUAAAGCUGUGGUGACGGUACGACCUGAUGAACAAGUGUUUAGAGGAGAAACAGUCACUCUCAGAUGUGAUAUAAAGUGGGGAGGAGACACUGAGUGGACAUACAGAUGGAAAAUAAAUGUAACCAACAACUGGGAUCGAAACUCUGCCAAUCGAUGUACAGAACAAGACUGCUGCACCAGUGGAGCUGAUAAACAGAAACACAGAAAUGCUGUCAGUCUGUGCUCAAGACAAGAGUUGAACAUCAGCAGUGUUGAUCUCUUUCACAGCGGUAAAUACAGUUGUAGAGGAGAGAGAUCAAACUCACAGAAAUCAAACAUCAGUGAUGCUGUUACACUGACUGUAUCAGCUGAAGCUCAGGCAUCACUGCGAGUGUCUCCACAGCCGUGGCUGACUGAAGGAGAAUCAGUGACUCUGAUCUGUGAGGUUUCAGGCUCCUCUACAGGCUGGACGUUCAGCUGGUUCAGAGAUCAUGAUCAUCUGUCAGACAGCAGCAGAGGAGCUGGAGGAUCUUACACUCUCAGUCCUGCUGCUCUACAGCACACAGGAGUUUAUACGUGCAGAGCAGAGAGAGGACGACCAGCCUAUUACACACACAACAGCAGCUCACACACACUGUGGAUCACUGGAGUUUCUGCUUCAGUGUCUCUGGUCAUCAAUCCCAGCAGAAGUCAACACUUCUCCUCUGACUCUCUCUCUCUGAGCUGUGAGGAUCAGAGUAACUCUGCUGGAUGGACAGUGAGAAGAUACACAGACAAACACACACAAACUUGUGCAAAACAAACAGGAUCUCGAUGUGUAAUCGACUCUCUCAGCACAUCUGACACUGGAGUGUACUGGUGUGAGUCUGAAUCUGGAGAGAAACGCCGUCCUCGAAACAUCACUGUACAUGACGGUGAGGUGAUUCUGGAGAGUUCUGUUGAUCCUGUGAUUGAGGGAGAGACUCUGACUCUACACUGUUUACAUCGAUCUACAAACUCCCCGAUCCUCAGCGCUGAUUUCUAUAAAGACGGAUCACUGAUCCAGAAUCAGACGACAGGAGAGAUGAGCAUCACUACUGUCUCAAAGUCACAUGAGGGUUUCUACUCCUGUAAAACAGAGAGAGGACGGUCUCUCCACAGCUGGAUCUCAGUCACAGUCUCAACAGCUUCAUCUUCUCAUCUGGCCGUUGGUGUGUGUGUGGGAUUGAGUGUUUGCUUGUUGUUCUUCAUCUCACUGGUUCUGCUGCGGAGACACAAACACAAGAAAGAUCAGCACUGUAACAUUCAACAGACAUCAGUCCCGAAUCCAUCCGGAGAAUCUCUACCGUUAAACUCUCGCCUACAAUCUGCAGAUUCUGAUCACAUUUAUGAUGACGUGAUUUCAGUGAAUAAGAGAGACAAAGAGCCGCUGGAAGACGUCACAUAUUCAGAGGUCACUGUUAAGAAAAACAUAUCAGUGGAUAAAGAUGAAACCAUGGCAGAGUCAAAUAAUGUGAUGUACUCAGAAGUCGGAACAAAAGGAAAGAAAUCCAAAAGCAAAGAUAUUAAUACUGCAGGACCCAGUGAUUUGACUUACGCACAGAUCAAUAUACAGGACAACAAGAAAAGCAAGAGCAAAGGCGCUGGACUUGCUGAUGUUCUGAUUGAAAUGAAAUCUAAGGAGAAACACAGAGGGAAGAGCAGUGAGUCUGAAGACACUUUAUACUCUGAAGUGAAGAUCAACACAGAUAGAGGUGCUGAUGCUGGAGUCCCUGAUGCAACUUAUGCUCAAGUUUUAAGGAAGAAAGGUCACAAAAAACAAUAAAACACGUCCCUGAGAGCAGUGAAGAAAACAGACGACAAAAGAAAAACAGCAGAAGAAAUGAGUCUGCGUCGUGCUAAUGCUCAUGCUUGACUGAAAGAGAACGGCACUGCAUUAUCUGCACACAUAUUAUAUAAGGAAAUGUAAAACAUGCUCUCUAGUGAUGACAUUUUCUCUGUUUUUGAUGGCAGUCUUACAUUCGAUUCUUUUGUACAUAUUUUUCAUCUCAGAAAUAUAGCCAGAUUGCGCCUACAUUUCUCUGUAGCUGAAAAGCGGAUGAACUCAUUUGUUGUCUCUCGGAUAGAUUACUGAAACGCCCUUUUAGCCAAAGUGUUAAAUCCACAUUUAAUAAGCUCCAGUUCAAAACUCUUCCGCCAGGAU